ACCCUCCCUCUUCUGGUAUCCAUCUGUUUCGAGCAACACACGACAUUUCGCGUUGCGCUACCCGUGGAACCCCUUAAAGAUCCCUCGCGCCAUCCUAGCGAUCACCAUUACGCACCAUUCGCACCCAUACGCAAUCUAAUACACCAACCUAGCAACCUUAGCAUUGACCAUCCAUCAUCCUUCACACCCUACACACCCUGCACACCCCUUCCACACCACCCCUGUUUAUAUCUACCCCAUAAUAUUGGAACGUAUUGGAACGUAUUGCCUCCUGAUCUCUCUCACCCCUCUGCCCCUCCAACCAGAUAAAACACACGCCCCCUGAAACCCAAUUGCAUUCUCCGUAUCUUUCUUCGCAUCUCUUUAACAACAGACACUUACUUGCAUUGUAUUUUCUGCCAUCUAACUUUUAUCUUUCCUCCCCACAGGCUUGCGGUGACGUUUUAACCAAGAAGAAACUCGACCCACAUAGAAACCGUUGUCGCGGCGCUACUUUCACCUGCAUUGAUUGCAUGGUCCACUUCUACGGCACUGACUAUCGCGCGCAUAAUAGUUGUAUGAGCGAAGAACAAAAAUAUCAAGGUGCACUCUAUAAACCAAAGAGGCAAAAAUCCAACGGCGCCGAACCCUCUGGCAGGUCUGAAACUAUGGCUCAUAACGCAUACGUCGAAGACGUGACGGAGGAGUUCGAAGAUUACCGACAGUAUCAGGUAUACGAAGACGAUGGGAAUGCAGAGGCGAACCUUCCUCCAGAGGCGCCUACUCCUCCGCCAGCCGUCGAUGACGACCCGAACGUGAACGUAUUCGACUUUUUGGUUGACCAGACUCCUAACGUGUCCAAUGUCAACCUACAAUACUUCAACAAUAUGGUGGAAGCCAGUGGCGGCGGCGGCGGCGGCGGUCGACAGCUAGUGCGAUUUGACCAAGGCCUGGAAGAUAACUACGUAGACCCAACAGGAUAUAUGGUUGAUGACGAAGCGAUGGCUCAGUUUGGACCGGAUGCUGCACCGCCUACCAAGUAUCAAACACCAGCACCUAAGACUCAUCGAAGGAAGUCGAAGGAUAGCACAGGCGAACGUGAGGUAAAGAAGGACAAGAAGCGCAAGCGGCUCCAUAUUGAAACCCCGGGACCGUUAGCACUUACGGCACAACGCGGAGACGAGGUCAUGACCGACGCGCCGCCUGUUCUGCACUCAGGCUUGACCGGAGGUCUCAACCGUCUCAUGCGUCCGUCCCAAUUCCCCCCAUCGCCAGAUUAUUCCGGAGGUGACGGAGGAGAAAACUCUCCUGCGAGCCCUAUCAAGAAGACGAAACAUUCUAAGUCUCACAAAUCUAAGCCUAGUCGGACGGAGACUCUUAGUGGAGGUCUCAAGGCCUUCAUGUCGGGCACAUCUAAGUCGAAGAUUUCCAAGAAGAGGAAGCACUCGUCGGAUAAGGACAAGAAGGAUAAGAAGAAGACUCGGCGUCAUUCAAGCUCUGACAAGGCCCCGAAGUUGAUCGAGUACCGACCCAAAUCGAAAUCGGGAGAUGAGAAAGAAGGAGAGUCUGGUCAGAUGAUUCUUUACAGGCCGAGAUCCGAUCUUUUCUUGAGCUUAUGCAACAAGGGUCCGGAGAGUGAACGGGGUUGCAGCGUAAACAAGGCUCUGAAGAAAUACCACCGUGAGCGAUCCGAAUCCGGCACCAGCUUGGGCAAGUCAGUGGAGGAGAAGGAACUUUGGCGGUCGUUACGGAUGCGCCGUAAUGAACGCGGGGAGAUUGUUUUGUUUUCGAUCGAACCCAUCGAGCCUUGAAUGUAUUGAUUCGGUUGAAAAGGAAGAGGGACGGCGUUUUAGCGUGGAGGCGGAUGCUUUUCUGGGAACUAAUGGAUGUGAUACCUGAGCGUGGAAUGCUUCAACAAGGUGGGCGGUAGGCGGCGGUCGGUCGGUCGGUUGGUUUGGGAUAUGGUGCCGGUGUACCGCAUCAAAACAAUUUUGCUUCUGAGCUGGUCUUGAAGGAAGCCUCAUCAUAGAGGAAGUCGCAUCACAUCGACGUCGCAAAGUUGGCGGGGGGAGAUUCACUGGCUUGUUUUACUACCUGUACACAUCUUCAAUGUCCUUCAAAUGUUUUCAAAUAUUACGCUAAGGGCAACGCAGAUAAUGUGGAGGAUGGGGAGGCUGAAGCUACUAGAGAG